CCGUUUUGUCGUCGUUAUCUUUAGCCACCUUAUGGGUGUUGCGACCACCAUCUCUGUCGACAUAGCACCUAACCGCCCAGGAGAUUCUCUCUCGUCACCUGGGGAUGACGGCUACCCAAUAAUGGUGGCGCAGGUGGCUGCAUCGAUGCUAUCGCCUCUGAUAUUCGGCAUCGUAUCGACCAAGGAGACUUCGACUCCGCUUCGACAAAAGAUAGUCUCCUUUUACUACUUUCUACUUGUGAUUGGUGUAAUCAUGUCUUUCAUAUCCCUCUUACUCUAUUCGUUAUGGCCCUCGGGUUACCGAAUCACCAAUUCGACAAUUAUGGCCAGUCUGAUGUUUUCUGUCCUUGGGGGUUGGCAGUUCCUGGAGAAGUCUUGGAAGGAAGCAGGGCAGAGGUCAGACGAGGACAUCGAGCUAGGUUUGCGACGAGACUGAAGCGUAAGUAUCACAUAUUUCCUUACUAAGUUUGGUUUGUACCUUGUGCAGUUCACCUUGAGAUGGAAAUUAUUAGGCGUUGCAACAUAGACGGGGGUAAGGGUAGG